GAACAAGCUCCCACCACCACAGGCACAGCUCUCUCCCAGUUCUUGCAUUAUAGGGUUUUUCAUAAACCCUUGCCCCCAAAUCCUCCCCUCUCCGACUCCAUUUCGCCGGCCGCCAUGAGCAAGGGACCAGGUCUCUUCUCCGACUUCGGCAAGAAGGCCAAAGAUUUGCUCACCAGGGAUUACCUAUCCGACCAGAAGAUUUUCAUCUCUAGUUUCACCGAUUCUGGAGUGGCUCUUACCUCGAAUGUUGUUGAGAAAGGAGGCCUUUCGUCUGGGGAUGUGGCAGCUGAAUACAAGCAUAAGAAUGCUACUGUUGGAUUCAAAGUCGAUACUGAGUCUAAUGUGAUAACAACUGUUAGUGUUACAGACUAUCCAUCAUCGACCAAAUUCAUUGCUUCAGUAAAAUUGCCUGAUUUCAACUCUGAAAAGUUGGAUGUCCAGCAUUUCCAUCAUCAUGCUGGUGUCACUGCUGCCCUCGGCCUGAAUAAGUCUCCAUCUAUUGAUUUCUCUGCAACUGUUGGUACUCCCACCAUUGCAUUCGGCGCAGAGGCUAGCUACUUGACAUCUACAGGCGACUUUAGCAAGUAUAAUGCUGGUGUCAGCCUCACUAGGCCAGAUUCAAAUGCUUUGGCCAUCUUGGCUGACAAAGGAGACUCUAUAAGGGUUUCCUACCUGCAUCAUCUGGAGCAGCUGAAUGGGGGUGCAGUUGUGGCAGAGAUCAGCGGGCGGUUCUCCACCAACGAGAACACUUUAACAGUUGGAUGUUCGUAUGUGGUCGACUCUACUACAUUAUUGAAAGCAAAGCUGAACAACCAUGGUGAUCUUGGGGCUCUUCUCCAGCACGAGAUAAAGCCCAAGUCGUUUUUGACAGUGUCUGGGUCAUUCGACACGAAAGCUUUCCAGAAGACUCCCAAGUUUGGCGUGGGUCUGUCCCUGAAGCCUUGAUUGUUCAGCAGCCCUCUAUCUAUUCAAGAUUUUUAUUCAAUGACGACAACGCGAAAUGGGUUCGUUGUUUGAAACUCCAUAUAUAUUCUUACGAUCAAAGCGAGGCAGUCUGAAAUUUCUGAUACAUGGCAUUUUUCCAGUGAAAGACAGUUUGGGUACAUUUGUUAGUUUUUGUUGGGUCUAAAUAGUGGGGAAAUGCAAACUGCUGACUUUGUCGAAUUCUUCCUGCAGCUUUGAGUGUGAUAAUCGAUUGAAAGCUUGUGGGUUUUCAUGUCUUCUUUCUCCCAUCUUUUAUCAGAUCUGAAUGUUGGUUUUUCUUUCCGUACAGUUUUCUAGUCUGGAGUUUAAGAGGCUUACAGGUUUCAUUACAAGUCACGAACGUCCCAUUUCUGUCUCUCCUUUCAAUUGCAAUGCAAGCAAGGGAGGACUGGUAGAUGAAUAUUCUUCAGUUCUUCCAUCCUUUCCUUGUCCACCCUUGUUUGUUCUCCAUGUUCCUUUCGCGAUUUCUAGAAACAAAGUCAACAGCAGGUUCGUCUGUUUUCUUCACUUUGGAACAGCGUUUUGGCGGCAGCUAUUUUGGAAAAAAGAGAGAUUCGUAGUUUUACUGCUAGAGCAUUACCGUCUUUUCCUUCUCGAAACAAACUGGACAUUUGGAGUAAAAUGUAAAGGUUUGA